CCAUACAUCAAGCUCACCAUCUACAGUACGUCGACAUAAUCACUUUGGGUUCCAAGGUCGCAGAUUCACACGCGCAAAGGGUUUCUCAUCCAACCCAGUUCUCUUCUGCCACAUUACCUUCUAUACACCAUGGACGACGAAAUCAAUGUCAGUGCGGAGGAUCUCCAGCACUUGAGCAACGCCGAGAAGCAGCAGCUUCAGACUUUCAUUCAGACCGAGAGCCAGCGAUCGAAUAUUCAAAAAACUGUUCACGAAUUGACCGAGAUGUGCUUCAAGAAAUGUAUCACAGGCUCGAUAUCUUCCGGCAAACUCGCCAGCAAGGAGGAGUCUUGCAUGUCGAACUGUGUCAACAGGUUCAUGGACUCCAAUUUGGCAGUGUUACAGCAUCUGGAAAAGCUACGGGCACAGCAGUGAUUUUUGUAUAGGGUUGGAAACUUUUGUACGAGUAUUUAUCGAGCGGUGCAGGAACAGGGCGGAAACCUGGCGAAGUCAUGAUACGGAUAGAGAAAGGCAUACGCUUUAGAUGAUGGACCUGGCGGGCUUGAUUGCCCCAGCACUUGUAACAACACCAUAUCUCGUUUGGCAAAAGGCACAUGAAUCGCAGCGGCCUUCGUAAUGACCAAAAGAAUUUCUGC